ACUUGAUAGGGCUCUAGCUUGAUGAACGUGAUUUGGACCGCUGUGUGCAUGUGUGUUUGUGUGCGGGUGUGUGUGUGUGUGUGUGUGUGUGUGUGUGUGUGUGCUACCACCACCAGAGUGGAAUGAUCAUUAAAUCCUUUGGUCAGUAUGUGCCCCUCGGUUGCGUGAUAGUAAGGACACUAGUGAAAGGCUACCCGGUGAAUACCUGUGAACUCACUCGGGCCAAAGCCUCCACCUUCAGUUCAGCCCCGUGGUCGUUGGCUUGUUUCGGCUUUGAGGAGGUCGGUCGCCUUUACUGGAAAUCUGCCCUGGUUGCUAAUUUCUCCUUCCAAACAUGUUCCGGAACCCGUGGAUCUCUGGUUACCAUUUGAGCCUUGAGCAUGAAGGAUUCGACGACAGAGCAUCUCCCAGACUGCGUGCCUCGGCGUCCUUUCCAACGAGAACCUUAAGCUUUCAGAGCGACCUCCUGGUAAUCGAGAGGAGCACGUUGGUCAAGAGUGUUUCCGACAUUGAUCUUUUGGCUGUCCUGCCCAAGGUUUCAGAAUUGAAGAAACAAUUUGAAAAGACCAGAGAGAGUGAUUCUGGAAUGAACAGGAAGGAGAGGGUGGCCCGGCGGCUGGAGGGGUUCGAGGGGGACGCCCCGCCGGCCCUGGUGCCCGGGGGUCCGGUAGCCAAUAGGAUGCUGGAGGAGGACUCCCCACGCUACACGCGCGCAUCAGACCACUGUGAGCCGCGCCUGAAGGUGAGGCGCUACACCCGAGAGGAGAUGGACGCGCCCCAGACGCACGCCGGGUCUCCGGACAGGUCGUCGUCGCGGGUCAGAGUCGGCGGCGGCGGCGGUACCCGCGCCCCGGCGCACACGACAGUCCGCACCGAGCCCGUCUCCGCGUCGUCCGGCGCCUCGUUGGCGGCGGACGCCGGCGGCCUCAGCUCCAAGGCCGAGCGCAUCGCCCGCUACAAAGCCGAGCGGCGGCGGCAGCUCUCGGAGCGCUACGGCAUCCUCCUGGACCAGGAGCCCGACCUGGACUACACGCCGCGCUACCGGUCCCGCCGCGAGGGCCAGCAGGACCCGCCCGGCCCGCAGCCGCCGCCGCCCCCUAGCGCCCGUCGGGACAGAGACAGGGACAGGCAGGCGGUCGGCGAGGACGGGCCGGAGCCCAGGGUACCCUACAGCUCCGGCGUGGGCCGGGUUCACAUGCGCACCCAACCGGAGAAGGACUCCCCAGCCGGUUCCGGCUCCGGCCGCCACGCCCACCCCGCCCAAGCCCCGCCCCCGACACACGAACGGCCCGGCCGGUUCUCGGAGCGGGAGAGGGCCAUGAACACGGAGAACCAGCGGCGGGGGGGCGGAGGAGGGGCCAAGGAGCACGCCGUCGCUGUGGCGUCCAGACCCAGGAGCGAGGGGCAGCACCAGCCGCCGCCCCAGACCUCACAGCAACACCCCCCCCCCCAGCACCAGCACCCCCCGCCGCCCCCGGAGCCCGGCCAGCCCUCCUCCUCCAGCAGGGCGGACUUCAGUGUGGCGGCGGUGCCGAGCUCCCCGCGCAGCGGCCGCCGCAACUCGCUGCCCUCCCCGCGCUACGGCAUCUCCCCCGGAGACCUGUUCAUCGAGCAGCAGGCCCAGAGCAUCCUCAGCAGACAAGGAAUCAGAGCGAGAGAGAGGUUACCACGGGAUGAAGCCGUCCACAGGCCAUCCGAGUGGAGCCCAGACAGCCCCCAGGGGAACCGUCCCCAGCGUCAGGCCGGUGGCGAUGCUCCUCAGUACGCCGUCAAACAGCAGCAGCACUCAGACUACCCAGACUACCAAAGGUCUGCGGCCCCCCGUCCACAUCCGGGCACGGGGCGGCGCGAGUCGGAACCGACCGGCGCCCCUGGCACCGGGCCGCCGGAGGUCCAGCGCCGGAGGAGGGUCAGCGCCGACCAGAUCUACGCCACACACAGGGAGGCCCGCCUGGAGGCCAGACAGGAGGCCCGGCAGGCGCUGAAGGCGGAGCCCCACGCGGCGGGCCUGCUGAAGAGCAGGAAGGCGGUGCUGCCCUCGGAGAUCCGCCGGCGGGAGAGGAGCCAGGACGGGGGGCAGAGCGACGACAGCGAGCCGGAGACGCUGAGUCCCCGGAUGCGGCGGGCGACCAUGUCCGGGGACGACUGGAAGAGGGAGCGGCCUGCGGAGAGAGGCCUGGACCACCGAGUGCGAGGGCCGGUCGCCGCCGGUGAGAGGUCAACCGGAGGUACCCGGCAGGGUCUGGACGGCCAGGAAGGGAGGGCGUCCAGGUGGCCGGAGCCGCAACCCCCGCCUCCCCACGCCACCCCACCACGCCAACAUCCCCAGCAGCAGCAGCAGCCGGAGCAGGUGUACCACAGGGAACCCGUUCGCCAGCAUCAACCGUUUCAGGUGUCGCACGAUCCCCCAAAACGAGAACAGUACGAGCCGCCGUAUGAAGCAGCCUGGAACCGCAGAGAGGGCGACAGGCAGCGGGAACUACAAAGGAGACCUCAAGAGAUCCCUCGGCAACCCCCUCAGGAGGUGCCACGGCAACGGCACCAGCAGAACGAACUGCAACAGCCUCAGGAGUUCCCAGUGGAACGCCACCAAGAGAUCCCACUGCAACAUCCCAGGGAAAUACCGUUGCAGCACCCUCAGGAGCUCCAAAGGAGACCUCGAGAGAUCCCACAGCAACGCCCCCAGGAGACGCCACGGCAACGCCAACAGGAGAUCCCACUGCAACACCCGCAGGAGAUCCCACGGCAACAACUCCAAGAGAUCCCAAUGCCACGGCCCCGGGAGAUACCGCCGCAGCACCUGCAUGAGAUCCAACUGCAACGCCCUCAGGAGAUCCCACGGCAACGCCACCAAGAGAUCCCUUUGCAACACCCUGAGGAGAUCCCACUGCAACGCCACCAGGAGUUGCCACGACAUCACCUCCAGGAGAUCCAACUGCAACACCCUGAGGAGAUCCCACGGCAACGCCACCAGGAGAUCCAACUGCAACACCCCCGGGAAAUACCCCUGCAGCACCUGCAGGAGAUCCCAGGGAAACGGCACCAAGAGAUCCAACUGCAACGGCCUCAGGAGCCCCAGAUCCAGCGCCGGCAGGCCCCCACCCAGGAAGUCCCCCAGGAACACCGGCGAUCAGACCCGGCCGUGUACCUCCAGGACACCUCGUCCGCCAGCAGGCAGUCGAAUAGCAGCAACGGAGGGGGACCCAAGCCUAAAGUCCGCGUCCGCUCCAUGUCGGACGUGGGUAUGGGCCAGCGCCCGGCCAUGUACCGCGCCGCAGAGCGGGCGGCGGCAUGCCGGGAGGUGGCGGCGGCGGGCCGGGAGGUGGCCCUGGCCUCGGCUGCCCUGGGGCUGGCCAACGGGGAGGUGGGAUCCCUGGACACCCGGGUGUCCGUAGCCCGGCUGCGCCACUCCUACCUCGAGAAUGCCAACCGCAAGCCCGAGCUGGAGCCCGCUAAAGUAGAGCCGUCGGCGGUGGAAGUGGCGCCGGCUCACGGCGGUGGAGCGGAGUGGGACAGUGGCGCCCGGAGGACCCGCCGCUACAUCACCCCGGGGCAGGACAGCCGCGUGUCCGAGCGCUUCCGGACUCAGCCCAUCACCUCCGCAGAGCGCAUGGAGUCCCAUAGGUCUCGCAUGAGUCCACCCCAGCAUCAGGAGGCCGAUGCCACAGAUGAGCAGACGCUAGACGAGAGAGCCAAGAUGAGCGUGGCGGCCAAGAGAUCCCUCUUCAGGGAGCUGGAGAGGGCGUCAGACGGCGGCGUUCCCACGCCUCGCUCCCGUAACGUGGCGGUGGAGCGCCGCCUCCGUCGGGUGCAGGACCGAUCCCACACCCAGCCCGUCACCAGCCAGGAGGUGGACACCGCCACCACGGACACCGAUGUGACAUCACAUCCUGUCGUCGUUCACACUGCGGCCCGAAACUCUAGCCCAACUUUAGUCAAAACCACCACGACCAGCUUCAGCACCCAGAGCACCCCCCUGCUCCAGGAGCGCACCCAGGGCCAGGAGAAGGAGAACCCGGACCCCCGGGAGCCCCAGCGAGGCCAACCCCCUCCCACAGGGGGAGGGGGGGACCAGGGGGGGAAGGGCCAGGGGGUCCCGUCCUCGGACGAACCCGACCUGUCCAGCCUGAGCCUGGCGGAGAAGAUGGCCCUGUUUAACCGCCUCUCGGGCCCCCAGAAGGCCCACGAGGAGCAGGUGGAGGAGGCCGGCACCGGGGCCGGGGCUGGGGGUAGGGUGGGGGACACCCGACUGCGCAGGGCCAACGCCCGCUUUCAGACCCAGCCCAUCACCCAGGGGGAGGUGGACCAGGAGGCUGAGCCGACGGGUACCCCCGCGGUAUCGAGCGGCGGCAAUCAGGGAGGACACGUAAGCUCGACCCAGCUGCAUAUCACGUGUUACUGUCGCCACUCCAUGUGUUUGUGGCAGUCUGGCAGCCUCUGUGGUGUCCUGCUUUGUGAGCCGGUGACCCGUGGUCUUUUGCUGCAGCUUGUCCUAGCUGAAGGCUCAGUGGACAUGGCUACCCCAACCCUCCCUCUUUAUGUGACCUACUCUUUCCUUUUACCCCCCCCCCCCCCCCCCCCCCCUCCCCUACAGGAGGAAUCCGUGGUCAUUCAGGACUACUCUGCUGUGUCUAUGUCCCAACAGCUAUGGGAGCCUGUCUUCUCCUCCACCUAUUCUCCCAACCUCUCCCUGGGACAGAAGUGUCUGUAUGUCGACCGCGCCGCGCAGCGGAUGGGCGAGGAGAUCGUGGAGUCCCAGAUGAGCAUCGAGGAGCGGAAGCAGAUGAUAUCCACCCGCGAGGACGCCUGGAAGAGCCGAGGUUGGGGCGCGGCCAACGACUCCAGCCAGUACACCGUGGCCGCGCGCAUGGUGAAGAAAGGGCUGGCCGCCUCCUCCUCGGUCAUCAGCCCUAUCCUGUCACCAGUGGCGGGAAGGUUCAAGAACAGCAGCCCUGCUGUCAGCAAGCCCCAGGAGGACAUCGAGGCCAAACCAGACAUGGAGUCAGACAAGAAGCUAGACAAGCUGGAAACCUUCUUGGGGCGUCUGAAUAGCAAAGUGGCGGACCUGCAGGAGACCACCCUGACGGUCACCGAGAGGGCCGUGAAGGAGGUGAUGAAGCUCGACGACGAGAUCUUCUCCAAGUUCUACCGCCACGUGGUGGACCUUCCCCGCAUGCCCACGCGGAUCGAGGACGACUUCGACGCCAUCUUCGGCUGCCAGGGUCCCAAGCUGACCUCGGCCAUGGUGCAGCACAAGCGCUCGGUGCGCCCGUCCCGUAACGUGCAGUCCUCCAGGAACCCGGUGAAGAUGCUGGCGGCGCGCCAGGACAUCCGGCACGAGUACACGGAGCAGCGGCUCAACAUCGGCCUGCUGGAGAGCAAGAGGAUCACCGCCGAGAAGAUCAGCAAGACGUCAGAGUACUCGGAGGCGGCGCUGGCUGGCCUGGCCUCCAAGGAGAACUUCAGCGGGGUCAGCCUGCGCAGCGUCAACAUCACCCAGCAGAUGUCCAACAACAGCGCCGCGCCCUACAAGAACCUCAUGCUCAUGCAGGUCAAAGGACGUCGCCACGUUCAGACCAGGCUAGUGGAGCCCAGAGCGUCGUCCCUGAACAGUGGCGACUGCUUCCUGCUGGUCACGCCGGACCAUUGUUUCCUCUGGAUCGGGGAGUUCUCCAACGUCAUCGAGAAAGCCAAGGCAGCGGACCUGGCCACCUACAUCCAGACCAAGAGAGACGUGGGCUGCAGGGCCCUCCAGGUCCAGACCGUCGAGGAGGCCGUGAACCCGCAGGGCCCCGUGGCUCAGGAGUUCUGGGCCGUGCUGGGCGGACAGGCCGCCUACCGACCGGCCGGACCAGCAGACGAGGACGAGCACUUUGAGAACGGCAUCGUGGAGACCAACUGCAUCUUCCGCCUGCUGGACGACAAGCUGGUCCCGGACGACGAGGAGUGGGGCAAGGUCCCGAGCUGCACCCUGCUGGAGGCCAAGGAGGUGCUGGUGUUUGACUUUGGCAGCGAGGUGUACGUGUGGCACGGCAAGGAGGUGACCCUGGCCCAGAGGAAGGUGGCCUUCCAGCUGGCCAAGCACCUGUGGAACGGCACCUUCGACUACACCUGCUGCGACAUCAACCCACUGGACCCCGGCGGCUGCAACACGCUCAUACCCAGGAAAGGCCAAGGCCGUCCCGACUGGGCCAUCUUCGGCCGGCUAACGGAGCACAACGAGACCAUCUUGUUCAAGGAGAAGUUCCUGGACUGGAGCGAGACCAAGACCCAGGCCCCGAAGGGCGGCGAGGAGCGGCCCACCGAGCAGAAGGACUCCCCGCCGCCGCCCGGUAAAGGGGAGUGCCGGCCGUACGACGCCGGCCUCAUGCUGCCCGUCCUGCAGACGCCCGUCUCCACCGUGCUGGACGGGGGGGACGUGGGCCGGGGCCACGGCCCCGUGGGGGACCGCGAGGACCGCCUGCGCACCCUGGAGGUCAGCACGGUGGGCGUGGAGGUCUGGCACAUCCUGGAGUUCGACUACAGCCGCCUGCCGCGCCUGAGCAUCGGCCAGUUCCACGAGGGCGACGCCUACGUGGUCAAGUGGAAGUACAUGGUCAGCGCCACAGUGGGCCGGCGGCAGAACCCGGAGGCGCGGAGCUCGGGGCCCGGGAAGGAGAAGUGCUGCUACUUCUUCUGGCAGGGCCGCCACUCCACGGCCAGCGAGAAGGGGACGUCGGCGCUGAUGACGGUGGAGCUGGACGAGGAGCGGGGCGCCCAGGUUCCAGUGCAGCAGGGUAAAGAGCCCCCCUGUUUCCUGCAGUGCUUCAACGGUGGGAUGAUCGUCCACGCCGGCAAGAGAGAGGAGGAGGAGGAGAACACUCUGAGCGACUGGCGUCUGUACUGCGUGCGGGGCGAGGUCCCGGUGGAGGGCCACCUGCUGGAGGUGGCGUGUCACUGCACCAGCCUGCGCUCCCGGGCCUCCAUGAUCCUGCUCAACGUGCGCAAGGCCGUGCUCUACCUGUGGCAUGGCUGCAAGGCCCCGGCACACGUCUGCGCCGUGGGCAAGACGGCCGCGCGCAAGAUCAAGGAGCAGUGUCCUCUGGAGGCGGGGCUCCACAGCAGCAGCAACGUCACCAUCCACGAGUGUGACGAGGGGGCGGAGCCAGCCGGCUUCUGGGAGGCCCUAGGCCAGAAGGACAGGAAGGGCUACGACUGCAUGCUGCAAGACCCGGGCAAAUUCAACUUCACCCCCAGGCUCUACCAGAUGAGCAGCACGUCCGGGGAGUUCGUGGCCAACGAGCUGUCCCACCCGUCCCAGGCCCCAGACCUGGUCAGCUCCCUGCCCUUCCUCCAGGAGGACCUGUACAACGCAGCCCAGCCCGCUCUGUUCAUGGUGGAUAACUUCCACGAGGUGUACCUGUGGCAGGGUUGGUGGCCCCAGGACAGCGGGGUGCCCGGCUCCGCCCGCAUGCGCUGGGACACGGACAGGAAGUGCACCAUGGAGACCGUGCUGCAGUACUGCAAGGAGAAGAAUGAGAAGAAGCCCAUCAAGUCGUACCUGAUCCACGGCGGUCUGGAGCCACUCACCUUCACCAACAUGUUCCCCAGCUGGGAGCACCGCGAGGACAUCGCCGAGAUCACAGAGAGGGAAGCGGAGGUGUGUAGUCAGAUCAUCCUGGUGGAGGACGUCCUGGCCCGGCUGAGCCAGAACGCCUACUCCCUGUCCCAGCUGCUGGCCCGGCCGCUGCCCGAGGGCGUGGACCCCCUGCGCCUGGAGAUCUACCUCUCGGACCAGGACUUUGAGAAAGGGUUGGACAUGAAGAGGGAAGAAUACGAAGGUCUACCAGGGUGGAAGCAAGUGAACUUGAAGAAGGCGAAGGGACUGUUUUAAAAAGGAAGACGCACGCGGCGGCGCUGCGGUGGGACGUGGACAGAGGGUGAAAGGUCAAAGACGAAGGAGAAAGAGCGAGGCUUUUAGUUGAGCGGCCGGUGACCUCUGCGUCAAGGACGACGGAUUGCAGCCUUGCACACUGAUGAUGUAAUGAAAUGGUUGUAAAGGGUGAAUACCAAAACAAACACACAAAAAAAAGACUUGUUUGCUAAUACAUUGUACAUGGUUCUACUCCUGGUCUCUUGCACUUAACUUCCCGCUCAUGACGUGGACAACAUGCGCUUUUCACACACACACACACACACACACACACACACACACACACACACACGCACGCACAAUGUGUGCGAUAGUUAUUUUCUUUUCUUGGGAUGUGUGCGUGUGUGCUUGCGUCCGUUUAUGGGUGUUUGCGUGUAUGUUUGUGACUGCGUACUUUUUUUUUAUAGGUGUAUACAAAUGUUUGCGUGUAUGUCUGUUAGGGUUAACUAUGAGUAUGUAUGCGGGUCGGGACGGAGGGUUUUUUGUGUUCUAGGUGUGCUUGUGUGUAUAUGUUAAUUUGUGUCUCCGUAAGAGCAAAACUAGGACUGGUGGGGGCGGAGGGGCGGGGGGGGGUCACAAUGUGUAUGUAUUUUCUGAUGGUGUUCCCGUCAAUGCAGAUGAGAGCCAAAAGAGCUGGCCUGAAUAGACUCGCUCGCUCGCUCUUCACUGUUAGCUUGACUUAUCGUUAACCAGCAUCAAGGAAAAGCUACGGGGGAAAAAAAGGAACCGGAUUUAUUUUAAUGUAUAGUGCCUUGCUUUGUGUACAGUUUAUAUACAAGAAUUAUAGUCUGUAUUUCGAAAGACUCCCUUUGUGAUAUAAGGUUUAGUGGAAUAAAUCAUGGGGCUGACCGAAUCAAUCAAACCACCUAAGUUCACUUGUCUGUUUCUACUGUCUCAUGUGACCCAUGGCGUGUUGAGUCAGUCUACCUGAAGACUCCUGAAACACCUUCUUCGUCUUAGUGAUGAACCACAAAAAACAAUUGUGAAUAUGCAAUUAUGCAAAAAAUGAAAAGAAUAGUAAUUGGUUUUACAUUUGAAGAUAAGUCACUUGGAACUUUAUUAAAUCCAUGGUUGAGGUAUACAGUAUACAAUACAGUAUACAGCAUGCUACCAUUACUUUUUUGUUCAAUAGGUAGUGCUAAGUGACCACAGUUUUAGUCUGGAUGUCCUAAAGUGCAGCCUGCCGGAAAAGUGAGAGUCUCAAGGGUGGUAACAUGGUGCGUGCUUCUGUUAAAUCAAAGUAAGUAUUUUUGUUCUUCGAUCCAUUAGCUCGUAGCGUAUCACUUUAUCCCUCUAUAAUGUGUCACGAACGGCAGUUCAUUUCGGAAUUAAAAUAUAUAUAUUUCUCUAAAAAGUAAAUGGGAAAUAAAAUGCAUUACUCGGAAAGCUACCACUAGAUGGCGUAGUCGCUACAUUCGCUCCCCAUUGCGACAUACCAGGAAAGAGGUAAUGGUAUAUUAGUUAGCGGUAUUUGGGCCAGUCUCUUCCUCUACUACUGCAAUCGGCUAUCCCCGAUAACGCCAUGUAAAAUCCGACAUGGAGGAAAAAAAACGUCUUAGAACUGCUUUCUAAUAUUUUAUUGUGAUGGGAGUGAUAAAAAAACAGCCCAAAAAUAAACAAUACAAAAAAAAGACAGUGAGUGUACAAAGUUUCUUUAGGGCAAAACGUAAAUGUAGCCUUUGACCAAAACGUUAACAAUGGAACAAAGUUGGCACAGAGCAGGGACAUUUAAAAAAAGGUGAGUUGGGAAAGAGGGUUAAUCUAAAUUUGGCUUUGAUAAAAACAAGUGGGAGCAACAGGUAACAUACAUGUUCAGCACAACACCCUUCAUAACAACGGCAAAGACUCAUGCGUUAGUCAAAUCACAGAGCUGUAGGAUUCAGUAGCUUUGUAACAAUGCGAGGAUCGGACCCGGACAGGGCCAGCAAGCGGAUGCACAUGUAACAUCUUCAUUCCCGUGGCUUUACUUCGUUCUUCGUCUUCGUCAUUUUCUUUAUUUUUUUUAUAGCUUAAAACAAGGUAUGCUUACAUAAUACAUUCUGUUGGAUUGUAACAAACGUUAGUCCCCCCAGAACAACAAUUUUGGGAUUUGUUUUUGUUUUUUUUCAGUUUGCUUUCUUCAGAUUAUUUUUUCAUAGUAAAAUAUAUUAUUGUAUCAAUCAAACUACAGUAUUGUACACUACAAUGUGUAAUAAAUAACCAUAAAAGAAAAUAUAAAAAUAAGACACAUAAAUAUAAAAAAGUCCUUUAGUAACUAAACAGGUACUUCAUCAGUGAAAAGGGCUCCAAUACUGCCAUCGUCAAAAACAAAGACGAACAUAAAACGCAGGAACACACCUAGACAAUUACUUCAUCCUAAGAACACAGAACUUAAGAACACUGUUCGGUAAAAAAAAAAAAAAAAUCGCAUACACAGAAAGAAAUAGACAAACCUGAAAAUGAACAAAAAGGGACCACAUUUACUAACGUUUGUUACCUG